UCAAAAUCUCAAUUGGUUACACCAAAAGACCAAAAACCCCUUUCUCCUACCCAAUUCUUCAAUUUCAAAUCAAAAAAUUGCAAAAGAAAUGGGCAAAACUAAAACCAACCACAGCAACCUGCAAAAUGCAAUCAUAGCAUUUGUAGCCCCUCUUCCUUCCAUCCUCUUCUACCUGUAUUUCCUUACCCAUUACAGUGAGCCUGAUCAUUCUCUAUCAUCCCUUUGGUCAUGGUGUUACCACCACCCUAUCCUCCUUGCCAAUGUCUUCUUCUUCUUCAACAUCAAUGUCUUGUUCUGGGCUAUUGGCCAUCUCCAAUCCAGCCACUGGAUGAUUGAUCCAUAUUGGACAGUACUUCCGUUGCUGCUAGGCUGCUACUAUGCAACUCACCCAUUAGCUACUUAUAAUAUUUGGAGGUCUAGAGCUGUGAUCCUUUUGACAUUGAUGUGGAGUUUAAGGCUUUCUCAUAACUAUUUUCGCCGUGAAAAUUGGCAAUGGGGUGCUAGGGAGGACUGGCGCUUUACUGAUAUGCGCCAACAGUAUGGCAAAAAUUGGUGGUGGGUCUCCUUUUUUGCCAUCUAUUUUGCUCAGCAGGUAUUUCUGAUGGGACUAAGCCUUCCCUACUACACCAUACACGCUGUUGAAACACCGUUGAGCAUGUGGGAUAUCGCAGCCAUUGCUGUGUGUUUGGCUGGUAUAGUUGUUGCUUACUAUGCUGAUACUCAGCUCCAUGAAUUUUCCACCAAGAAUGCGGAGUUGAAGGCUUGUGGGAAGCCGAUAUUGCCUACUUUGGAUGAUGGCUUGUGGAAGUACUCACGGCAUCCAAACUACUUCGGGGAGCAGUUGUGGUGGUGGGGACUUGGUAUCUUUGCAUGGAACCUCGGACAAGGGUGGACAUUCUUAGGGGCGUUUGUUAACACUUUGUGCUUAGCUUAUGUGACUGUUCUGGUUGAGGAGAGAAUGGUUAAGCAACCCUUUAGAGCUGAAGCAUACCGACAAUACCAAAAGACCACCUCAGUUUGGAUCCCAUGGUUCAAGUCAUCAUCCCUCGAGGAGACAAAAGAUAAGACCAAUUAAUUUGAUAUUGUUCAAAUCCCUUGAACUUUUUCUAUGUAAUUGUGUUCCUAUCCUUACUUGUCCCCUACUCUCCUUCAGUUUUAUAUUAUGAUCCAUGAUUGUUGCUUGUUUGA